AUGAAAGCCACAUCUAGUUGUCACGGGAUUCCAAUGAAAUUGCGAUCAGACAAUGGGCUUCAAUUUAAUUCACGAGAAUUCCAUUUGUUUUGCAACUUAUACGGAAUACAACACACCACAUCAAGUCCGCAUUUUCAAAGUUUUAAUGGAGAAGCAGAAAGAGCAAUACAGACAGUCAAGAAACUGUGGAGAAAGUCAGAUGAUAGAUAUCUCAGCUUGUUAAACUACCGAACAACACCGCUGGAGUCAGUCAACCUAUCACCAGCACAACUCUUAAUGGGCCGUAGACCACGGAACAACUUACCAACCCGAACAGAGCUACUCAAGUCCAGAAACGCAGGACCAAAUCUAAGUCAGCAAAUGAAAGAUAUCAAGGAGAAGCAGAAGUUCUAUUAUGAUAGGAGACAUGUGAAAGAAUUACCGCGCUUAGAUAUCGGUGAUCAAGUAAGAGUUGCACCCCAGAAACCUCGAACACCAAGGAGUGGAAACCAGCAACAGUAG